AUGGCCAACCAACUCUCCCAAGAGGAGCUCGAGCACGAGGGGCAAUGCCUCUACCCGCCGCCCCCGGGUUAUGACCAGCGGGCAUUCUAUGCCACCCGCGACAUGCGGGCAACUCCUGCUGCGGCCGCCGCCACCGCUACCACCAUCGCCGCCAGCAGCAGCAGCAGCAACAACAGCAACAACAACAACAACGACGACGACCUUGCGGUCGCCCGGGCCGGCCCCGCCACAGCCGUGCCCAACGAGGCCAUCGACCCUCGUCUCCUCCCUCCUCCUCCUCCUCCUGCUGCUGCUAUCGCCGCCGCCGCCGCUCCCGCUCCUGCCCCUGCCGCCGCCGCUCCUGCCGCCGCCACCCAGCCGGCCCAACCUGCCCGUCGCCCCUGGACCGAGGCCGAGGUGGACGAGCUGAAGGCUCGCCGCAAAGCCGGCGAGAGCUUCGGCCAGAUCAGUCGGGCUCUGAGCAGGACCCACGCGGCCUGCGAGACCAAGGCCAAGAAGUUGGUCUACAAGAACGACCGGCGGCCCGGCCAAUGA